GCUGAAGGGCGGGCGCGUCGCGGGCGUCGCCGGGAGAUGUAGUGUGAGGCUCUUUCGGGCCUUGCUGCGGCCUUGGUGAGGCAGAUGGAGCCUUCGGAGCGGGCGAAGGGCAGUCGCGGGGCUCCUCGGGGGCGGGAUGCUGUCGCUGGGGCUGCUGUGGCGGGCGCUGGCGGGCGGAGGCCAUGAGAAGAAGGAGGAGAAGGGGAAAGAGGACGAGGAGAAGAAGCCGCCGCGGAGCCGGGCCCGGGCCAUGGAGCAGGAGCGGGCGCUCGAAGUCUACGAUAUAAUUCGAACCAUCCGGGACCCAGAAAAGCCCAACACUUUAGAAGAGUUAGACGUGGUGACGGAAAGCUGCGUUGAAGUGCAUGAAACCAGCGAAGAUGAAUAUUUGGUUACUAUCAGGUUUACGCCAACUGUACCUCAUUGUUCUUUGGCCACUCUCAUUGGGCUGUGUUUGAGGAUCAAGCUUCAGAGAUGUUUACCUUUUAAACACAAGCUAGAAAUCUUCAUAUCUGAGGGAGCACAUUCCAUCGAGGAGGACAGCUUGUGAUCCCACCAGUUCUUUGUCACAGGCAGAUGGUUUUUGUGGCACAAGUUCCAAUGGAUCAUCUUAUGCCUCUGCUUGUAGUCCGUCUGCACGAUCUUGCAGCAGCUGAGUAUGUCAUCCAUCCUUUCAUCUGCUUCCUUGCAGAAUCUACGCUUGGGAUCUGUAGUUGACUUUUCAAUUCUGGCUUUGAUGGCAUUGGUUCUAAUGGCUUGUUCUUAGGCUGAAAAAAGAGACGGAGGGCCUGAUUCUUGCAAAGUUCCAUUUAUGAGCCACAUCCAUGUUUUUUCCUUGUCAAUUUUGCUCUCAAUUUUUCCCAGGAACUGCCCAUGGAGAGCCUUCUUUCACCAGUUUUCUCUUCUGCACUGGAUUAUGUUUUUACGGUAUUCACCCUUUGUCUUUUGCACUUGAAGCAGUUUACUACUAUUGACUUCCAUCCAUGUUGGUUCUUUCACAUAAUCUGCCAAUGAUGAUGAUGAUGAUGAUUAUUAUUAUUAUGAGAUAGAGCAGUGUGAUUUUCUAAAGCCAAACUCUGUUUCUUCCAUGUAGGAUCUCAACCCCAUUAGUUAACCAGAGUAGACCCAUUGAAUCAAUUGCUUUGCAAAUUGCUACAGUAGAGUCUCACUUAUCCAAGCCUCGCUUAUCCAAGCCUCUGGAUAAUCCAAACCAUUUUUGUAGUCAAUGUUUUCAAUAUAUUGUGAUAUUUUGGUGCUAAAUUCGUAAAUACAGUAAUUACAACAUAACAUUACUGCAUAUUGAACUACCUUUUCUGUCAAAUUUGUUGUAUGACAUGAAGUUUUGGUGCUUAAUUUGUGAAAUCAUAACCUAAUUUGAUGUUUAAUAGGCUUUUCCUUAAUCCUUCCUUAUUAUCCAAGUUAUUCACUUAUCCAAGCUUCUGCCGGCCCGUUUAGCUUGGAUAAGUGAGACUCUACUGUAUGUUUAAAUGUUUAUAUAUUUGUAGAUUUCAAACUACUGAAAGGCUUUGAAUGUAAGCCGCUUUGUGUCUCCUUGUUGGAGAGAAAAGUGGGGUAUAAAUAAACAUAAUAAUGUGGGAAUGGAAA